CCGCGGGGAAGGGGGGGGGAGGCGCGGUCCCCUCCCCGGCGGAGCUGGUGGGCGCUGCCCGUCUCCUCCACCUGGCAAAUCAGGCGAAGGGGCGAAGGCGGCGGAGCAGGGCGGGCUUGCUUUGCCUCCGUGCAUGUUGGCGCUGGGGGACGGCAUCUCUGCUCCCUCCCUGCCCGGGCCCCCUUCUUUCCUUGCCUCCAAGAAACAGGGAUCCAAGAUCCCCCGGGACUCUCUGGGCUGCUGGCGUCCGGGAUGUGCUGACCCGACGAGGAAAGAAGCAACCUUGGAAACUCUGGGGGCUUUGUAUUUAUUUUUUGGCGUUUUUAAAAACCAGCCCUUCGAUUCAACAGUUGACCCAGCGAGGCGCAAAAAGCGGUGAACAUACAAAACCCUAGGCCAUGGAUGUGUUCAUGAAAGGAUUUAAUAAAGCCAAAGACGGUGUUGUGGCGGCAGCGGAGAAGACGAAGCAAGGCGUGGCAGAAGCAGCAGGGAAGACGAAAGAAGGUGUCCUCUAUGUGGCAGCCAAAACAGUGACUGGAGUCGUUAGUGGCAUCACCACCUCCGUGGCCGAGAAAACUAAAGAACAGGUAUCAAAUGUCGGGGGAGCUGUGGUGACUGGAGUGACAGCGGUAGCGCAGAAAACGGUGGAAGGUGCCGGAAAUAUUGCAGCAGCCACUGGCUUUGUCAAGAAAGACCAGAUGGGCAAACAGAAUGAAGAAGGCUUCCCACAAGAAGGAGUGAGAGACAAUACGGACAUGCCUGCAGACACUGAAAAUGAGGCCUACGAAAUGCCUCCUGAGGAAGAGUACCAAGAUUAUGAACCCGAGGCAUGAGCAACCACCCCUUUCCUUCUGUCUUGCUGGUACCUGCUGACAAAGAUAUCCUGUCCUGUACAAGUGCUGAGUUCCAACGUGCCCCGUCGUAAACUAUUUUUUAUAGUUUUUAACAGUGUCUUUUGAAGUCUUCCAUCAGCAAUGAUUGGAAUAUCUGUAACCACAUCUGGUUAUUGUUUCUGUGAGCCUUCCUUCACUGAAAUGAAGGCCCAGAUGCCAGACCCAUUGUUGUUGUGUGGAUAUUGUGGCUUCAAGUUUCAACAAGUAUGAAAAACAAUUAUUAAAAAAAAAACACCUAAGUGUCUACCCCUUAUUUCUAAAGCUGUACAUGUUUUGUUGAUAGAUUGUUGGUAAUUUGCUAUUGUUUAUGAAACGAGAAUUUUUAAAUGUUUCCUAUGACCAUUCUUUUCUGUCCAGGGAUGACAUAUUGUGAAAGUUGUUAAUAUAUUUCUAUACAUAUAUACAUGUAUAUAAAGUAAUUGAGCAUGAACUAUGCACCUAUACAUAUUAACUGUGAAAUUUUAUUUGUUCUGUGACAUGUUUUACUAUCUGUAAAUAAUGGUGUCCGCCUGAAAGAAAUAAAAUGUCAUCAAUUUAAAUGGAGUUUCUAAAUUGGUGCUGAUUAUCUGA